AUGGCACGUGACUCAAUGACGUCAUUGAAAUUCUCCACUUCGAUUGGUCGGAGUCCCAGUGAAUACUGCCUGACCGAUACCUUUGUUGCCGAUUGCAAAUUAGGCAGUGUCAUUCUCAUGACCAGGGCACUCUAUGGUAGAAUGUCUGCCGGGAAGUGCGUGACCACUGGCUACGGAUACCUCGGUUGCCAUGCUGACGUCAUAGCCCUGUUCGACCGCGAGUGCUCCGGUUCAAGGUCGUGUCGAGUCAAGGUGAGCGAUCCAGCUAUCGUCCGGUCCAAACCAUGUCCGCUUGAUUUUACGUCCUAUUUAGAGGCUGAAUAUAAAUGCAUUGAAGGGAUGUACCCUUUCACCGAUUAA